AGAGGCAACAGCGCCAACAUCCCACAAUGCAAUACAUUCCACAGGGGUAAAUUGCGCCUGCGUACUGUGCGCUUCCUUUUUGGACCUACGUCUCCAGAACUACAAUGGCCAAGCGCACCAAGAAGGUGGGGAUUGUGGGUAAAUAUGGCACGCGUUACGGCGCGUCGCUCAGGAAGAUGGUGAAGAAGAUUGAGAUCAGCCAGCACGCCAAGUACACCUGCUCCUUCUGUGGCAAGACUAAGAUGAAGAGGAGGGCAGUUGGUAUCUGGCACUGUGGGUCCUGCAUGAAGACUGUUGCUGGAGGCGCCUGGACAUACAACACGACGUCUGCAGUCACGGUGAAGUCGGCCAUCAGGAGACUGAAGGAGCUGAAAGACCAGUAGACAGUUACCGGAGAAUCAGACUGUUGUGUUUUUGACCUGGCCGCUGUGUCGAACAUCUACCACAAUAAAAAGCCGUCUGGAGCAGAA